AUGGUUAGAAGAAAAGAAACUAAAGUUGAUGUUGAAUUAAUUAAAAAAGCUGCAAGAUUGCUCAAGAACGAGAAAUUAACUAAAAACCAAGAAACUGCAUACUCAUUGCAUGCUAAAAAGAAAUCUACCAUUAGACGAUUAAAAAUUUAUGUAACUAGACGUAAUGAACAAUGGAGUAUUGAUUUAGCAUAUUUAAAUGAAUUGUCACAUAAUAAUCAAUAUAGAUAUAUUCUUGUGUGUGUAGAUGUUUACACGCGGUAUGCUUUUGUAAAAUUAUUGAAAAACAAAAACGCGCACAAUGUUUGUAACAAAUUUGAACAAAUUAUUACCGAACAAGGGGAAUACCCUAAAAAAAUUCAAGCUGACGAGGGUACGGAAUUUGCACAAAUUAAGAAAAAACUAUCUGACAUAUACGGAUUUAAAGUAUUUCACACCCAAAACAGAGAAAUAAAAGCGGCUCACGCCGAACGAUUUAUACAAACCCUAAAACUAAUGAUUCGUCAUACUUUGACAACUCUUGAUGUCGGGUACAGAUAUAUUAAAUAUUUACCCGCAGUAGUUGAAAGGUACAACAAAUCACCGCAUCGGGGUAUAUUCGGUGCAAGACCUGUAGAUUUAUAUGUGCAUCAAAAAAUACCCAAAGACUUUACUUUUAAGUUUUUAAAGGCCUUACUAAACAAUUCUACACCCACUAAGCGUUUACUUCAUGUGGGGGACCAAGUUCGCAUAGCACGUGUAAAAAACAACAUUUUUGAAAAAUCAAGUUUACGUCGUUGGGUAAAUGAGUUGUUUAAAGUAGACAAGGUAUUUAUCACCGAUCCUGUAACAUAUGCUUUAAAAGACGAGAAAGGUGAAAACAUUAGCGGUACUUUUUAUCGUGACGAACUACAAAAAGUGUAA